AUGGUUGUGGCAGGACCCAAAACAAAGGCAACAAUCUUGGCCACUUUGAAUCUGUUUGACUCAGUGCUGUUGAUUCUGACCUUGUGCUUCCAUUCUAUAUUUGAUGGUAUAACCAUUGGUGUAGCAGGAACCAAGGCCGGCUCUUGGGAGAAAAUGUGGAUGGUUGGGAUCCACAAAGUGGUCUUGGCUUUAGCUAUGGGCAUUGUAGUGCUCCGUUUGGCAUCAAACCGGCCACUACUAAGCUCUUUGCUCUACGGCUUGGUCUUCGCCAACUCCACAUCUGUCGGUGUCGUCAUCGGCAUCCUCAUCAAUGGCACAGCAGAGGGAGGAACUGCUGAUUGGAUCUUCGCAAUCUGGAUGGGGAUUGCCACAGGUGUGUUCCUCUACGUUGUCGCCCACCAUUUCUUGACCAAGGAUCACAAGCUCCUUCAUAUUGCAAAGCAUAUGUGA